AUGGAUGAAAUAAUUUAUGAAUUAAAAGAACAUUCUGCCGGACUUAAUUGUGGUCGAUGGGAUUACAUUUUCUCUAUGAUCAAAAAAUUCAGAAACAAUCCCAACUUUGUUUUACCAAGUCGCUCAGAUGUCACAAUGACAGUUCCAUUCAUGGAUUCAUAUGUACGUCUAUUGAUCAAGACAUGUCACCGUAGAGGUGUACAUGCAAUGGGUGGUAUGGCAGCACAAAUCCCCAUCAAAAAUGACCCAGCAGCCAAUCAGAUUGCCAUGAACAAAGUCAGAGCUGAUAAACUUCGUGAAGUAAAGGCAGGACAUGAUGGGACUUGGGUUGCACAUCCUGACCUUGUUAAACUUGCAUUAGAUGUGUUUAAUGAACAUUUGAAAACACCAAAUCAAAUUUUUAUUAGGCGUGAAGAUGUCAAUGUUAAUGCAUUGAAUUUACUUAACACAAAUUUCCCUGGUUCAAUCACUGAAGCAAGUAUUCGCAACAACAUCUCAGUUGGUCUUACAUAUAUUGAAUCAUGGCUUCGUGGUUUGGGUUGUGUACCUAUUCAUAAUCUUAUGGAGGAUGCCGCAACCGCUGAAAUUUCAAGAUCUCAGUUAUGGCAAUGGGCUAAACAUCGUGCUAGAACUAUUGAGGGUAAAGUUAUCACAGGUGAAUAUUUACUUAAAUUGCUUGAUGAAGAAGUUACAAAUUUGGAAAGACAGAUUGGUCCUCAGAAAUUUGGUAGUACAAAAUAUAUUUUGGCAAAACGAUAUUUGGCAAGUCAGAUCGCUGGUAAAGAUUAUUCAGAUUUUAUCACUACUUUGUUAUAUGAUGAAAUUACAACUGUAAAUAAUAAUAUCAAAGCUAAACUUUAA